UACAAAUGGAAACUGGGACUCUCGAGGAACUCGUUCUGCACGGCGUUCGUAGGCGGAGAGCGCGUUCUCACGCAGGCGCCGCCGCGCAAGGCGAGCAGCUGGGAGGAGGGGGCGGCGCUGCAGCGGCGGCGCUCUGUGAUGCUGAUGACGGCCGCUGCGGGCGCUGCCAGCGCGGCGUCGGGCGUCAACAACUCCAACCCGGGCGUCGCGGCGGCGCUGCUCGCCGCCGGCGUCGACCCCAUAGACAAGCGCGACCUGCGCUACUACUUCCAGCACCCCUACCCGCGCCUCUUCGUCACUUACUUCGUCAUCUUCUGCAACUUUCUCAUCUUCGCCGAGGACCCCAUUUCUCAUAGCCACACUGAAUCGACUAUCCCUAUCGUGGGCAACGUGUUCAGCUUCGUGUUGACCAAGUACCCACCGGAGUGGCGAUGGUCGCUCAUCAAGGUGCUGAUGUGGCUGCUGGCCAUCCUGUGCGGCAUGAUAGUAGGCAAGCUGCUCAUCCACGGCUACCUGUGCGGCACCCUGCUCCGCCUCAAGAUGUUCCGCGACGACCAGGGCUCCUGGAUGACGAUGUUCCUGACGGUGAUCGUGUCGCUGUACGUGUUCUCGCACGGCUACAACCUGCUGCUGGCGCUCUGGUACGACAACUGCCUGCUGCACAUCAACAGUGACAUGGGCGUCACCAACGCCAGCGUGAUGAAGGCGGCGGCGUGCGGCACGUGGCUGGGCGACCUGAUCACGGCGCUGAUGGUGACGGACAUGAUGCUGCAGGACAACCUGUACCCGCAGUGGGCGCGGCGCGCGCGCGCCGUCUGGCGCCGCUCCAACGUGCCGCGCAUCCUGCUCUUCUGGGUCGGCUCCGUCGUCGCCACCGCCGUCGUCGUCACGCUCAUCGUCAGCGACUGGAUCAGCUGGGACCACCUCAACCAAGACUUCCUCUCCACCACCGAGCUUUCGCGUGCAUUUCUGGCUUCUUUCAUCCUAGUCAUGGACUUACUGAUUGUCAUGCAAGACUGGGACUUCCCACAUUUCACAACAACAUUGCACGUCAACCUUCCGGGUUUCAGUGUAGCUACACUGCAGUGGAAGUACGCCGAAGUAGACAUAACAGGAAAAUGGUUCAACUAUGGCAUAAUUUUUCUUGUCAUGUUGCUGGACCUGAAUAUGUGGAAAAACCAAAUAUUUUAUGAUCCAAAGGACUUCGGCCAGUACACAGGACCUGAUGACAAAGUACGCACAGUGAAUGAACCGGAAAUAUUAUCAACAGGCAACAGUUCACUCUGGACAUGGGAGUAUAGGUCUCAAAUCAAUCCACAAACUGGUCUUCCGUUUUAUGAAGAGGACAUGCAGAUGAAUUCACGAUAUAUGAACUACCCCUUGUCAGUGAAGUGGACUGCAUUUAUACCAUCAGGAAUUGGUUUAAUACUGUUUGUUUCUCUCGUGUCUCUUUAUGGAAGAUUCCCAUCAAACCAGGAUCCUGUUGGGGCCAUGUUUCGAAGUCUAACCACGCUUCGGCAAGGAUUUACCCUUCAGGGCAUUGGGGUUCAUGAACUGCUGUCACUGAAAGGUGCAUCACCAUAUGUACACUGAGGCACAGCUUUUUCAAUGUCUCAAACAUAAUCGUCUGUUUCUUUGUAAGAGUACUACUUUUUUCUACACUGGUGCUGUUGCAGACAUUGUUGGAGCGUUCACGGGUGGAGCAGCACAAGGAUCCUGGCUUCCGGUAACCUCUGCUCUGUUGGUUGUGGAACAGAAAACAUUGCAACACUAGAUGAAUCUCUUUUUGUAUAUAAAUGUGUUGCAAACUCUUUAAUUUCUUUGUGUAGAAGCUUGUUUUUAAAAAUAGUUUGAUUGUUAUAUUUUUAUACAUGGAUUGUAUAUCAAUAUAAAUGGAAAUAUUGAUGAUGCUCCUCUAAUUUGUAAAGAAUUGAUGUACUGUCACUCUGUAUCGUACCUCUUCUUCUCUGGUGUAAAACAUGAACAUUAAAUUG